GCCCGUUCUGUGGCAAUCGGCUUGCGCCGAUUUGUUUACUUUCUCACAACCAGCAUUCAGCAUUGCCGCUCAUCUCACCUACACGAAUUCGGGGCUUCGGCUUUGGCGAAACUUAUGGACAUAGUACCAAGACGUGACGUCGUCUGUCAGCAAGUGUUCAGACCUUAUUGUAAGCGGCAGAAAUGGCUGAUAAUGAUGAUCUUUUGGAUUACGAGGAUGAGGAAAAUCCCGAACAGUCCGUUGUGGACGGGACUGGGGAUGCGACUUCCAAAAAGGAAGUUAAGGGUACAUAUGUAUCUAUCCACAGUUCUGGUUUCCGGGACUUUCUUCUAAAGCCAGAAAUCUUGCGAGCCAUUGUAGAUUGUGGUUUUGAACAUCCUUCAGAAGUUCAACAUGAAUGUAUCCCUCAAGCAGUUCUUGGUAUGGACAUUCUGUGCCAAGCCAAAUCUGGUAUGGGAAAGACUGCAGUGUUUGUUCUAGCCACAUUACAACAAUUGGAACCAACUGAAAAUCAAGUAUACGUUCUUGUUAUGUGUCAUACAAGAGAACUGGCUUUUCAGAUCAGCAAAGAGUACGAGAGAUUUUCCAAAUAUAUGCCUCAAACAAAGAUCUUAUUCCAAACAGUUGCUAUCCAUUCUCCAAGCUUGAGGUGUGCCAAGAGUGAGGACAUGGUUUUCUUGGAAGUAAGUGUUCAUAAGGUUGUCAGAGACUAUCCUGGAGUUGUUUGUUUACAACAUCAAUCAUUUGAAAUUGAGGAUUCAUCCCUCCAGGAGGUUGGGGUAUUUUUCGGAGGUUUGCCGAUCCAAAAAGAUGAGGAGGUGCUGAAAACCAGUUGCCCACAUAUUGUUGUUGGGACACCUGGCAGAAUUUUGGCUCUUGUUAGAUCCAAAAAACUAAAUUUAAAACACUUAAAACAUUUCAUUCUUGAUGAAUGUGAUAAAAUGUUAGAAUUACUUGAUAUGAGGCGUGACGUGCAAGAAAUCUUUCGUAACACUCCACAUGGCAAGCAAGUGAUGAUGUUCAGUGCAACAUUGAGUAAGGAGAUACGGCCUGUGUGCAAGAAGUUCAUGCAAGAUGUAAUUGCUCUUCGUUAUCUACCAUUUAUAACUUAGUUCCACUCAUUUGACCAGUCAGCUUCAAAUUCCCGGGAGAAUUUUCUGUUGGAAUUCUGAAAUGGCUAAUCGCAUCAUAGUCCUGAAUAUCCCUGGGUAUUCCAUGAGCCUAGUAGCACCUCUCAUCCACCAUAUGCUCUGCAUUACCAGUCCAAGUUUUAUCGGUGUUUCAUACCUCCUAUGUUCCUAAAUCUUCACUACUAUUUCUGCAACAUCCUACAAACCUGUCAGCAUCCAGCACUGUAGCACAUCGUUAGAGGGCUUGGGGAAGUAUGCAUUAUAACCGAAAGGGGCUGGGGGGAAUGAAAGAAGAGAAGAAAAGAAGAGAGAAGAUCUCAAGAAAGAAGAACUCAAGAAAAGAAGAAUUUAGGCGUGGGGGUUGGGUUGCUACACAUCCACAUCUUUUAAGUGGAAUUAUUCAACUAUCCCAGUGUUAAUUACUGCCGGCUACAGUGCUCCCCCAAUUCGCUAGGCGGUCGUUGAAGCUGCUCUUCGUCCUUUUGAAGAUGUGACGCCCUGUAAGAUGCAUCGCUGAAUCCACUUGUGGCUUCUGUGCAUCUAUGGUACAAGAGGGUCAGUGGUUCAACUGCCACUUCCAUGGACAAAACCGUAUGUAAAACGUAGUGAUAAAUGAUUAUUAAUGGGAGUUAGGUUGGGGGGUUAAACAGUUCUACAUGGUGAAAGCGGUAUUGGAGAAUAUACUUGUUUUUUGUUUUAUUUGGAAGCAGAGCAGGCAUGACACAUCAGGCAGGUUGUGCAUAUAUGUCCUAGAGGCAGGGUCAUACUAGCUUGAGGUUAGUAUGUUAUGUUGGGACCUCGCCCUCCUGGAGAAAGACUGGUGUUGUGUACCUUUUUACCUCUUCCUUCACCACCUUCUUCAUUGUUUAGCUGUAAUAGCUUAUUUCUUUACACCUCAGGUUUUGCAGAGUGUGACUGGUUAUUAAAAUAUUCACCCACCAUUGUGAUUUCCUUUAUAUCCUUUAGUGUAAUGAAUUUUCUAAAGCCUCUGAAGCAUUGAAUUUAUGGAUAGUUUUUAAUCUUAAUCACAAUUUUACCAGAUCUGUGGAAGUAUCUUCGGAUACCCUUUUAUGUGAGGUUGUUUCGGGUGGGAUGGGCAAUUUUAUCUAAACUUGUUUGCUACACUUUCUUACUUCUCAGCCUAUGGAGGUCUACGUUGAUGAUGAGGCAAAGCUCACCCUUCAUGGUUUACAACAGCAUUAUGUGAAGUUAAAGGAGAACGAGAAGAAUAAAAAAUUAUUUGAGUUACUUGAUAUUUUAGAAUUCAAUCAGGUAUGUAUGAAAGAAAAUUUAUUCUGAGGUUAGCUUUAGAUAUCAUAUGUUCUCACAGAUUCACUUUUCAGGUUGUAAUAUUUGUGAAAUCUGUUCAACGGUGUAUGGCUCUAGCCCAAUUACUCAUUGAACAGAACUUUCCUGCAAUUGCUAUUCACAGAGGAAUGACCCAAGAGGAAAGAUUAUCUCGUUAUCAACAAUUUAAGGAUUUCCAAAAGAGAAUAUUGGUUGCAACUAACCUUUUUGGCAGAGGUAUGGACAUUGAAAGAGUAAACAUAGUCUUUAACUAUGAUAUGCCAGAAGAUUCUGACACAUACCUACAUCGGGUUGCAAGAGCUGGUCGUUUUGGCACCAAGGGCCUUGCGAUUACUCUAGUGAGCGAUGAAGGAGAUGCCAAAAUUUUAAAUGAAGUACAAGAUCGUUUUGAUGUUAAUAUUACUGAAUUACCAGAUGAAAUUGAUCUUUCAUCAUAUAUUGAAGGUCGCUAAAAUGUUUUUAAAGAAUUAUUUUUAAGUAUGGUGGACUGCAAAUUUCUGAGCAGUUGUCAAGAUGCUCAUGAUAAGUGUGUACUACUGUGAAGUUGAGUGAAUGUACUUGUGAAUUUAUUUCAAAUGAGAUGAGACAUAAAUGUGUACUGUAACUUCAGUUUUAUGUAAAUAGUUUCUCCAUUGACUUUUUAUUUAGUGAAAGUAGUCAGCUUAUGCUGCUUUGUGGUGUAUUGCAUUUAAUUAGUAAUAUUUGUCAAAAUCUUACAUUCCCAUUUGAACAAUAGUUUACAAGAUGUAAUGGUCUCACUGUGAAUGUUAAGAUUAAUCUAAACUGACAGAAUUUUGUAAUAUCUAUUUGGUUCAUAAUACACUUCAAAAUACU